GAGGCCUUCGGCGGGCGGGAGAGGCCCGGAGAGCUCGCGCAGGAGCGCACUGCCUGCCCCGCCCCCCGCCGCCCCCCAGCGGCGCGCGCCCGUGUGCCAUCUCCCAGUUCCCGCCGCCUGUCCCUCUGUCCUCCCGUCCUCCCCCGCAGUCGCCUGGGCCGCUGGGGGUGGAGCCCCCCCACUCCGCCUGCGGACUGUACCCCGCGCCCCGAGUCUGCGCGGCGCAGGUGGAGACGUUGCUCCGCCUCAUCCUCUGUCCCCUCCUCUUCCUCAGCCCCCUCCUCUUCCUCCUCUUCAUCACAGUCUUCUCGCUUCUCAUUCCACUUGUCUUCCUCCUCCUCCUCCUCGCCUGUCCCGCUGCGCUGCGGGGCUGUGGGGGCAGGAGCUCGCCGGGCGGCCAGCAGCUGCCGCCGCCAUGCAGAUCACGCUGAAGACGCUGCAGCAGCAAACCUUCCGGAUCGACAUCGACCCCGAGGAGACGGUGAAGACACUGAAAGAGAGGAUUGAAUCACAAAGGGGGAAAGAUGCUUUUCCAGUUGCUGGCCAAAAGUUAAUUUAUGCAGGUAAAAUCCUUAAUGAUGAUACUGCUCUGAAAGAAUACAAAAUAGAUGAGAACAAUUUUGUGGUGGUUAUGGUGACAAAACCGAAAGCAUCAGCUGGAGCAGCUCAGCAGUCAAGUGCUACUACUGCUGCUAGCUUGACAGCUGCAGCUCCCUCACCAGUCAUUGCACCAGGCCCUUCUGCUUGCCCUAUGCCAGCUCCUAUGCCUCCACCACCAGCACCAGAUGCAGCUGCUUGUGACUCUGCACCUGUGACUGCUCCUAAAGAAGAGAAGCCAGGAGAAAAAACACAUGAGCCAUCAGCUGCUGUCAGCCCAUUGUCAACUGACAGUACAACAGGUGAUACAUCUCGGUCAAAUCUUUUUGAGGAUGCUAUAAGUGCACUUGUGACAGGUCAGUCCUACGAGAAUAUGGUGACUGAGAUCAUGUCAAUGGGCUAUGAACGAGAACAAGUAAUUGCUGCACUGAGAGCCAGCUUCAACAAUCCUGACAGAGCAGUGGAAUACCUAUUAAUGGGUAUACCAGCAGAUAACCAGGUUGUGGCUGAACCCCCUCAAGCAGCAAGCAUUGGUGCCUCUCAGUCUUCAGCAGCCGCAGCUGCAGCAACUAUACCUACAACUACUAGCUCAUUAGGAGGACAUCCACUUGAAUUUUUACGAAAUCAGCCUCAGUUCCAGCAGAUGAGACAAAUUAUUCAGCAAAAUCCUUCAUUGUUACCAGCAUUACUACAACAGAUUGGACGAGAAAACCCUCAGCUACUACAGCAAAUAAGUCAACAUCAGGAACAUUUUAUUCAUAUGCUGAAUGAGCCAGUGCUGGAGUCCCGUCAGGGUUUGAGUGGCAGUGAUGAUGGUGCCAGCAGUGGAGGAGUAGCAGAAUCUGGAAAUGAUCAUAUGAACUACAUUCAAGUAACACCUCAGGAAAAAGAAGCUAUAGAAAGGUUAAAGGCACUGGGAUUUCCUGAAGGACUUGUGAUACAGGCAUAUUUUGCUUGUGAGAAGAAUGAAAAUCUGGCUGCCAACUUUCUUCUACAGCAGAACUUUGAUGAAGAUUGAAAGACUUAUUUCACACCUCACACCAGUGCAUUACACUAACUUUGUUCACUGGAUUGUCUGGGAUAUUUGGGCUUAUAUUCAUGAUGCUUGGUGUAUGGUAUAUGGGGAUAGAGGAAGAAAAGAAACAAAGCAAAGAAAGCAGCAAUUUAAAUUAGCAGAUGCAGAAAAUCAUACAGUGUAAAAUAUUACUCAACCAAAAGUCAGCUCCUGCAGAUAGUUCCUUGUAUAAACUGUAGUUUUAACUUCUAGGUUUUCACUGUGCUAGUUCCAGAAAUGUGUAAUGCCCUGCUUCAUGUUUUUCCUACUUAAGUAUUAGCGUUGGAAGUAGCCUUGUGCUACCUAGAUCCUACAGCUCGUAUUUCAUGGAAACACUGGAUAGCAGCUUUGUGAAAUCUAGAAGACAUGAGCAAAUGCAAACAUGAAUGCCAAAAUGUGGGUAGUUAUUUUGCUUUUUCAGAUGUGUUAAAGCAACGCAAGAAGCACAGUAUUUUGCUUGAUGCUGGAUUAAAACAAAGUUAGCUGCUUUUUUCCAAAUGAAAAUUCAUUUCAGUUAAAAGCGUCUUGAUCAUUCAAAAACACCACCUCUUCUUUUCCCCUCUUUAAAUGAUCUCAGAAGCUACAUACACAGAGGUAAAAUUAUUAUCCUGUUUACAUCUUCUCUCUUGGGGAAAAAUGUUAGGUAUCUACUGUUCACAUCAAUGUUAUGUUGCAGUAAAAGUUUUGAAAACACUAGAUUGCAUGUUUGGUUUUUUAUAUGUGCUCUUGUGAACUGAAUGUUCUUUUUUGGCAGCAAACAAAAUGCAAGAUUCGUUUUUGUACACUUCUAGGAGACUUUCUCAAAUGAAGUUUCACCUUCCGACCUUUGUUGACCAGCUUUUACAUUACAGCUGUAAUCGGCUGAGAUACUGGCAUUCUGUUGCUCUUGAGUAGAUUGUAAUGAUCAAGCUAUUUCUGUUCAGUAAGAAUUUUUUUUUAUUUCUUUCCAUUAGAAGGAAAAUCAAUUGAUAACUUGAUAUAUCAAGUAAAUGAUCAAGUUAUUCCAACCCAAAAGAAUCUACACUUACACUUUUCUAUUGAAAUUUAAGCUCUGCUUUUAAUGUUUCAAUCUUCCUUCUUAGUACCUACUUGUCAUUUAUUUUCAUUAAUCAACAUAAAAUUUAACAGUCUUGCUUUUAAUAUAUAUUGACUUACAGAAACAAUUUUACUCAUCAUCAUGCUAGCAAAGAAAAGAAAUUCUAAUUUCAUCUAAAGCUUUUAUAUGUAAUAUUUCCUGAAAAACAACCUGGGGAUGUUUUGAGUUUUUUACUGUUGUAUUCCAGUUCCCUGGAUUACAAAUUUAUUUCUACAGUAACCAGUAAAAUAUUAUUAGUGGUACAGCACUAAGGUGUUCUGCCAUUAAUGAUACCAACAAGUGUUACAGUGAAAGAAUGAUUUUAUGCUUAGACUAUGUAUCAGUGAAUUUAACUACUACUAAAGCUAAAAGUACAUGUCAAGUGUGUAAGAAGAGAGUGAGAAAGAAUGAAACGUUUGUAUUUUGUUUCUUCAUUGGUUGGCUGCAGCCUGUUAAAUAAUUAUCUGCAUAAAAUAGUGAAAUAUAUUAAAGCCUUUUACUUUGUCUUUCU